ACAGAAUAUUAUGCAUUUGAUUCAUCAAACCUAACUUUCAUAACGGGUUUAAUGCUUUUUUAGUUUAUCAACUGACAAAUAUAGUAUAGAGCCCUCAAGCUAGCGAUGAAGUUGUUAAACAUUUACUUUACUUCUAUUAAGUUAGAGCAAAUUCAAUAGCAAACGGAAAGUUGCCAUUUCUGUUUCGAUCAUCUUUCACUACGCGCGGGAUGUAUAUUCGUGGAGUGCAUUUGCGCUAUUGCGCAUGGCGAUUUUAAAGCAUGCUCUACAACAUGUUUUCUGUCCAUAAUUCAGAAAUUGGCUAGUAUGCCAUAAGCAUCAAAUCGAGAAAAACGCAUUUUAAAGUUUUUUGUCGGUACAACAUAUUUCGACUGUUCAUGACAACUUUUUUAUUGAGUAUAUCACCCCUCAUAUAUGCUGGAACCUUGCCGUUGAGUUGAAACAGAUAAAUCUGCAGGAAAAUACCAUCCGCCACGUAUUUUUAGCGCAGUAGCCGUUUUUUCAAUUAUAAACGAAAGGUCAGUUGACAAAUCGGUGUGCAAUUUGGCUAAUAUCCAUACGAUGUGAAUUAUAUCGUGCUCGUUGGUGAUGAAAAUGGUAUUGAAUUUAAUAAAACAAUACGGAAGCACAAGUGAGGACGAAAAGGAUGACGAGACAAUUAUUUCAUGCAACAAUAUAACAAUGUAACGAAAAUAUUAUCAUUCAUAAUAAUCUCACAAUCCACUUUCCUGCUUUUUCUCAUCACAUCCAAAAUGAAAUUUAAAUCUUUUCUUUAAUAUUACUUCUAAUCAAAGAGCUAAAUAGCAUUUUCAAGAAUGUAAAGAUUUAUGACAGAACGAAACAGUCACACGUUUUGAUCAUUGAGUUUCGCAGCAAAACAAAUAAAUUUAUGUUGCAUCAUAUAUUCUUCGUAAAAAUAGUAAAAUUUUAUGUAAGGGCCUUACGAUCGCUUACCUGUCGCCAGUAACCACCAGACUACAACACACUUGCGAAAGUUAGACGAAACAAAGUACAGUAAUAAUACACUGGGUCUUGAACAUGACAGGUAGAAACAUAUUGGAUAUUAGCCAACUUCUCAAUUAUUUUGGAUAUUAGCCAAAAUUGUUUCACAUUUGCUGCCUUCCCAAGUGCAUUUUUUUGACAAUUGGCUUCCGUUGGGACCUUGUUUAGGGUGUUUACCAUCACAAGAAACUGUUUUCUCGAUUUUGGUAAAAAUGGCAUAUUAGCCAAUUUUUGACGUAGAACUACGUUUUACUUUAGCAUACCACACAGGGAUGCAAACUGAAAAACUGGGACGAAAUUUGUCCCUUUUCAAAUGCUUAUAGGUCGGUUGGUUUUCAACCGAUUUUCUUCAUUCUUGCAGCAAUCGAUUGGAAAAUUAUACACGCAUCUGCCCAAAUGCAGAAAAAUGUUGUUUGAAUCUACGAACUAUUGUACUAUUGAAAAUUGUCAAGCCUUGUUGAAAUAAAAAUAACGUCCUCUGAUUGGUCGCUUGCUUGCUAUGUGUGUAUGAUAUGGUGUGAUGUGUGUAUGUGUGUAUGAUAUGGUAUGAUGUGUGUAUGGUAUGAUGAUAUGGUAUGAUUUGUGUGUGUGUGUGCUGUGUAUGGUUUUUAACUCGGCACGUUCUGCUAACUGCUGAAUCCGGUUCAUGAAAUUCACAACCCUUCAUUAGUAGACAUUAUAACUCAUUACCCAAGUAAAAAUAUUGGUUUUAUCAAAGUUUUAUAGCGCUCAAUUAAGCCGAAAAAGCGCUAUGGAACUUUGAUAAAACCAGUUGUGUUACUAGGGUAAUGAAACACUCAAUGCAAUGUUAAUAGUGUACGUAGUUCUACGUCAUUUAUGCGGUCGUGUCUUGGAUACAACCUCCUACUUUUUAAUUUUGGGCAGUUUUGCAGGGGCGAUUAUCUCUGUGAAUAUUCUUGCUUUCUCACUUACUUUGAUUUCUCCACCGCUUACAACAAUAAACUAUGCUUUAGGUUUUGAACCUGAGAAUAAUGUUGCGAAAUUUUAAACAGAUAUGUUGGUUUUAAUUUCAUAACAGAUAUUACGUAUGGAACAAUCAUCAAUGUUAUAUUAUUUUGAUAUCACUAGAAAACCUAAAAUUUUUUAGAAACGAGUAGAUCUGUCUUUCUCUUUAGUAAAAAAAAACAUGAUUGAAUUUUCGAUUUCACAACAUUAUUUUUUUAUUCACUGCAACCAUUGUUGAUUAAGCCCUUUUGUUGGUUCACACUAGAUGUGCAAGUUUAUUUCACAGCGCUAUAUAGUUGCAAUAAUUAGGUUACCCUUGAGCAUGCUCUUACAAUAACAACAGUUGUUUGUGUUGUGUUGCAAGCCAGGAAAUUGUAAAUCGUCCUUUAUUGAUAAGGUUUUAAGCGACCGAACAAUUUCACGUAGUCACGGUAAUGGCAAAUCAGGAAGGCAAUAUUUGCCGGUUCUGUGAUCACAUCGGAACCAACACUUCUCUCCAUGCUACAGCAUAUUUUGCUGAAAAUAUCACUUUGGCAGAAGUAGUUUCUAAUGUUGCACAGCUGAACGUAUCAUCCCUGUUAGAAGCAGGAAGCCAAUAUGUUUGUACCGAUGGUUGCCUUCCUCGGUUAGCGAAUUGCUAUUCAUUCAAACAGCAAAUAUGUCGGGUGGAAGCGGCCAGGCGUGAUACUGCGGUUAAGACUGAGAAUUACGAUAACGAAAUGUCCGAACAAGAAUACGAAGCUGAAUUCUUGGAGUACGACGAAGAAAGUUGCGAUAAACAUAGCAAAUCGUUAAAAUUUGAAACAAAUAAUCUGACGCUAGCAAUGCCUUCCGGGGAACAAAUAAUAACCCGUUUAGAAUUCGAAAACUUUGAUUAUUUUGAAUUCAAAGGAGAAACCUGUUGUGAAUGCGGACUAAUUGUAGACAAUUCGUUACAACUACAGGAGCAUAUCGCAAUGCACCAUCAAACAUCGACAACACAUACGGUUACUCCAAUUUCGUGCCCGGGUUGUAAAAAUAAUUUUGAAUCUGAGACUGAUCUUCAAAGUCACAUUGAUUAUUUUGUAGGGAAAGAACGUUAUCUUUGUAAACUUUGUGGGCAAGUAUUUUGUAAGAAAGAAGAUCUUGUUGUUCAUAUGGAAUCAGCUGAAACUCAUAAAUUACGAAAAGAAUCGUGUUUAAAAAAAAUGGAUUUUGUGAAUAAUGUGGAAAACCUCGUCGAACCUCCUGCUGUUGAAGGCCAAGACGUUGAGAUUGAGUUUAGUACGCCGGAAACAGAUUCCAGAACUAAAUCAGUGCAGCAUCAACAGUCUAGCCAACUACCCGAUGAAAAAUAUAUCAGUUCCAUCUUAGAUCACGAACAGUAUCAAAUAGUUCGGGUUGAGAAUGCAGAACGAUGUUGCGAGUGUGGGAUUUUUUAUGAAAAUUAUUACCUUUUAUUGCAACACGCCAACCGAGAACAUAGGUCGGGAAAAUCCCUCUCACCGAAUAAAACAUUCUGCGAGAUCUGCUAUGAACGGUUCAAAAGUCCAUGGGCUCUUAAAGCGCACAGAUCAAAUAGCAGAUUAGUCAACCAGCUGUAUUACUGCAAAUUGUGUCAUGUUGCGUAUACACGUAAAUAUCAUUUAAUAAAACAUUUUCAAACUACCCCAAAGCACGAAUUACCAAGGAACCUGCUGGAAACGAUGCGAUCAACGGUGUCUAAAAAAGCUAAGAUUCUUAGCAAAGAUAAUUCAACGCCUAUCGAACCGUCUUUUGCUUGCUGUUUCUUGAAAUGUGCAAGCAUUUUUGAAACCGAAGAACAGCUUCUAUGUCACGUUGAGCAGCAACAUGCACCACGUAGAAAAAUACAUCUAGUAGAGCGAACCAGUGACAGCAAUGUCUGCAGUACAUGUUUGCGAAAUUUUAGUUCACAACAGCUCUUACUUCUUCAUCGAAGUCGAGCGCUGAAAAAGAUUCACAUUUGCAGUUACUGUGCAGAAGCAUUUUUGAUUCCCAGUAAACUUCGCGAACAUGAACAGUUAGUUCAUUCAGAUCACGUUCCUCAACAUCCAUGCGACCUAUGUAACAAGACAUUCCGAACCACUAAUCUUUUGAAAAUGCAUCGCAGCACGCAUGCACAGCAGCGAGAUUUUGCAUGCGAUAAGUGUGGUGCCCAGUUUCGGUUUAGGUUUCAGCUGAAGAAACAUGUCAAUGGAGUUCAUCCCACUAAUUUUCCUUACGAGUGUAGAUUCUGUGAAAAAAAAUUGUCCACUAAAGCGAAACAUGAUCUGCAUUUGCGCUCCCACACCGGAGAAAAACCGUACAUUUGCCGUUACGAACCAUGCGGGAAGCAAUUUUCUCAUGUUACUGAUCGGAAGCGCCACGAAAUGGGAGUCCAUACCGGAGAAAGACCUUACAAAUGCGAACAGUGUACUGCUGCCUACAUUCGAAAGCGUGAACUGUUGAUACAUUUGCAGAAGCACCAGCGACAGAAUACCGUUUGAUAAUAAGAGAAAGACACAAAAACGUCACAAAAGCGCAGUUUCAAAAAGGAAGGUUUUCUCAGUCGCAGGAAUGUUACUUCACCGUACAAGUACGCACUAUAAUAUAUUGUUUGUCGUCAAACAUAAUGUUAAUACAAUGAAAACUGAUUGCGACGACCAAAUGGCUUGUUACUAUAGAAUAGGAAAACGUUGUUCCAUUUUACAUAUUUCUGAAAUCCUUCAACGAUUCGUUCAGCAUGAUAACAUCUGGAUUUUCCUGCUCGAAACGGGUAGGCUCAUGUUCGCGUUCGUCAUCUCUCCAUUCACCAAAAUUGGCUUUCAUUACAUCGGGUUGUUUGCUUUGCUCCUCCUCCUCUCGCUGUAUCCAUGGAUUGAAUGUUGUAGGCAAUGGCAAUGUUUUAUUGGUCAUACGGAUGAGUUUGUGAUAAAUAUUUACUAUUUUACAUUUUUGAACAAAUUUAUCAAAACCGUAAAAGUACAAUUACUACGUUUGUCCCGAAUAGGGUAUUUCAAACAUUUAAGCUACAGUAUAAAAGCAAAAAAGUUCAUUCUCUUACCUGUUUAUCGCUUUUGGCAAAUUUAGUGAACAUAUUGGCGAACACUUUCUUCUGUUGCUCAUUAUAGUCCUUGAUUUUCUGUUUGCAAAUUGUAACUUGAUUGAGGGCAGCUUUGUUCUCGGGUUCAAUCUCCCGUACUGAGUUGAAAUCAUCGAACGCCUUUUCGAAAUCUCCUAGGGCAAGUUUCGAUUGGCCGCGACGGUAUAAUGCCUUCACAUUUUUACUGUCGAUGUUCAAGGCUUC